AUGUUCACUUUACAAAGUAAAGAGAAUCUUCAAGAUUAUUAAUGUACAUUUAAACAUAAUCAACCUGUCAGCUUAGUUAGUCUUUAAGAAAACUUACUUCCUAAUGAGAGACUAUAUUGCAAAUAAUGUAUAGAUUAUAUUGAACAUGACCUUAAACCAUUAUAAGGAGUUAUAAAAAUAAUAGAAGAACCUUUAAAAUAGAUAUUGAAACAAUAUGAAAAUGAUCUUAUUCCUCAAUUGAAAAAAUUAAAAAAUAUAAAUGGAAUAUUAUAAUAACUAAGAAGAACAAUAAUGUAAGAAUUGGAUGAUUUGGAAAAUAGAGUAAAUGAUUUUACAAAUAGCCUUAUAAAUAUUGGAAAAUAGAUGGCAAAUUAUAGUUUUUUUGAUUGUUUGAAUAAUUUAAUUAUAAAUUAGGGAGAAUUACAUAUUAAACCAAUAGAUUUAAUCAAAAUUAAUGAUGAAUGGUGUUGGGAAAUGAUUAGAGGCUUAGAUAGAUUCUAGAGCUAUGAAGAAAAUAAAGAUAUCCAAAUAAUUUUGAAUUAAAUAAUGAAAAAUUAGUUAUUUUUCGUUAAAUAUAAAGACGCAAGAAAAACACCAGAAAAUAUUUUCUAAUUAUCACCUAAUACAAUAAAUAAUAAUAAUAAAUAAUCAACAUUUGAAAUAAUAUCAAAAUUCUAAUUAAAAAAGAAAGUAGAUUGUUAUGCUUUAGCAAUCAAUCAUGAUAACUCUCUAUUUUUAGUUGGAUUAGAUGAAGGUAUCAAAGUUAUGGAAAUCUAAUCAGAUAUGUAAUAAUAAAAAUACAAUACCAAUUAAGUGAUAACUCUUAAAGAUGUAGGAAUCUAUAAAGUAUAAAAUCUUGUUUUUUUCAAAAAGAAAACAGCAAUGUUAAAUUCAUUCAUAUCAAGUUCUGAUGGUUGCUUAAUUAUCAUCUGGUCAUAAGCAACAAAUUUUUUUAAUAAAAGUAAAUGGAAUCAAAUAUUUAAACUACAAUAAAAACCUUUACAAAAUUGGUUAAUACGUAAUUAUGACAUUAAAUUUUUGUAAUUGAAUUCUGAAGAAAAUCAGAUUACUUUUGCUCUUAAUUCUUAAAUCCAUUUUUUAUCCUCUUCAAAAUCUUGGGCUUGUGAAUAAAAAAUUUAGAAUUCACUUGAUGAAAUUAGAGGUUUAUCAAUUAAUCCAAAUGGAAAUUAAUUAGUAGCUUGUGAUCUUUAGAAUAUCACAAUACGAGAAUUACAUAAUUCUGAGUGGAAAUUAAAAUAAACUCUGCCAAUUAUUGGAUAAAAUUUUUGUUUUAUAAACAAUUUCAUGUUCAGUUUCUAACCAAUUUAAUCUUAAGCAUUAUCAAUCUACUCAUUCGAUUGCAACAUUAGAGAAUAUAUAAAAUCUAGUGAAAUAAUUUGUAAAGGAUUAGUUAAAUAAGACAAAAUAAUCGAAUCUUAUAAUAGUACCUAUGUUUCAUCUAAAAAUUUAUUAUUAAGCAUAAAUGGAAAUUUUAUAAACAUUUUAUAAUUUUCUAUCUCUCAAAACUUGUAAAAUUAUGAGUGUAGAGUAGCAUAAUCAAUUGAAUUUAAGGAUAUUAGCAUAAUCGGUACUAUUAGUGAUAAUGGAGAAUUUCUAAUAAUUUAUGAUCCUACCUUAAAUGAGAUUUAAAUUAGAGAAAAUUAAGAUUAGAAAUGA